AUUGCCCUUCGAAACCUGUAACUAUGCCUAUUGAAUUGGAGCAGCAAUACCGUGCAGAAUCCAACGAACUCCUACAGAACGCAUGGGCUAGUUUCAUAUCAGGAGAUUCACCGACAGGAGAAAAAAGGGGUAAAACACACACUAAUCCUAGCUCAUCUCAAGACUGGGUCGAAUUGCCUCGUCUUGCCAGAAGAGAUGGAGCAACAGAACUUCUACAAAAUCUGCCAAGUCUAGGAAGAUGGAUGUCGAUGGGUGCAGAUAGUUGGGAAGAACUGCUAGAAGGAAUUGUGCCGGCAAACAAACUUGAGCCAUCUGGUUAUAAUCUUGAAGCAGAGUUAAGCCACGCUGAUACGUCCUCAAAACCAAACACAAUGAGGGUGAAUAAGGUGACUACCAGACAUUACAGAGGGGUACGACAGAGACCAUGGGGAAAAUAUGCAGCAGAGAUAAGGGACUCAUCGCGGAAAGGCGCCAGAGUUUGGCUUGGAACUUUUGAUACAGCAGAAAAGGCCGCACUAGCUUAUGAUAAAGCAGCUUUAAGAAUGAGAGGACCAAGAACUUUCUUGAAUUUCCCCUUGGAAGUAGUUGCUGAAGCUUUAGAAGAAACACAUCAAGAACAGGAUUUUAAUGCCAUCCCCAAAUUAAGCACAUCUCAAGCAAUUCAACCCAACACUAAUGUUAACGAAAAAUCCAGCCGAAAAAGAUCUGUAAGUGAACGCGAUUUGUACGAUGAAUUGAUGAUAAUGGUUGAACCACAAACUUGCAAACAAUCAGACAAUGAGGAUAUGUUUGGAGAAGGCAGUGAUGUACUGGUGUUUCAAGACCUUGGAAGUGAUUAUUUGGAGAGCUUAUUCUCUUCAUUAUGAUGAAGGAAAUUUGAACUCAAAAGAAAGCUUAGCUUAAACUAAAAAAAAUGUAAUUAGGUAUUUUUGCAGGAAUUAGCUGCAUGUAAGUAAUUGGUAUGCCAACGACAUUCUUUGAAACUGUGUACUAGACUACUGACAAGGUAGAGUCAGUACUCAUUUAUUAUGAAUUUUGUAUCUCAGAAAAUGGAUGUUCUUAUGUGGUAUUUGAGCAUCAAUAAGUAAUUUAUGAUGCUUCAAAAGAAAAAGAAAAAAAAAAGUAAUUUAUGAUAACAACUAUUUCAUUCACCUAGUUUCUGCUUAAACCCUAAUCCCUAACAAAAACCUAAUCUCAAAAAAUGAAAUUUGGAAAAGGGUUAGGGUUAGGGUU